AUGGGGGAGUAUGACCCUCGACAGUUGUACACAUUUUACGUUACGUAUGGGACGUUCCAAGAUUACGCGUUCCGCGAGUUCAAAAAGCCCUCCUUGACGAUUGAAAUUUUCGGCAGUGCAUUUAACGCGAGCGCGUCGACCAUCCCGGUACGCGGCCUCGAACUGUACAAAGGCAUCAACCAAUUUGCCAAGGAAGUCACCGUGUUCAAUGGCGGAGACGUCAAGCCCAUCAAGCCGUCGUCUGGCGAGUAG